AUGGAUUUAGCAGAAGAUGCAAUCAAAUUUGCAAUUUUUUUGGUUGAUGCGGAUCGGCUUUUUGAUGUCGCUUUGGGAAUGUACGAUUUCAGUCUUGUUCUCAUGGUUGCUCAACAGUCGCAAAAGGAUCCUAGAGAAUAUUUACCUUUCCUAACAGAACUUGAGAGUUACCCAAAAUAUUAUCAGCAAUUUAAAAUUGAUGACCAUCUCUGUCGUUAUGAAAAAGCAUUGCGAAAUUUAAAUUUGGCGGGAGAUGAGUAUUUUGAUGAUUGCUUGAAAUAUAUUCGUGAGCAUGAAUUAUAUAAUUCUGCAAUAUCGAUUUUUGCAAACAAUAAUGAGAAAUAUAAAGUUAUCAUGGCCAUUUAUGGGCAUUAUUUAUUUACGGAAUCAAAAUUUAAAGAGGCUGGCUUAGGUAUUAAUGAUAAACCGAAAGCACUUGAUUCAUAUAAAAAUUGUGGGUCGUGGCACGAAGCUUUUGCUAUCGCACAAGAGUUAAAUAGCUCUUCUGAUUCUUUAUCCGUUUUGGCCAAAAGUCUUUCGGAAACACUUUCGGAUAAAAGGCAAUAUCAAGAAGCUGCUCAAAUAAUAUUAGAUUAUACUAAGCAACCAGAAGAAUCGAUUAUUUUAUUGAACAAAGAUUCAGACCUAUACCAAAACGAAGAAUCAAUAGAAAAUGCCGAUGUAUUCUCGGAUACAAGUUCCAUGGCCAGUGGGUUUACGCGUUAUACGCUGUCAAACACUCAAUUGA